AUUUUGCAUACCACACAGUACAGUCUGUAUGUCAGUUUCAAUCAUUGUGGAAUUGUCUUUGCUCGCAGACGCACUUCAGAUUAGCUAAAUUUUAUUUGAGAUAUUUUAAGUUAGCAUCCAACUGCUGACAUAUUUUGUGUUAAAAUUUAUAAUUGAGCCUGAUAUAGAAAAAGGCAAAAAAUAAAAAAAAGAUCAAGUAGUGGUAGAUGCAGCGAAGGAAAAGUGAAGAGUUAACAUGGAAAUCGCUGAAUCGGAUUUGAUUGACUUGCUAAAAGUUUUCUCAAAGAAGGCAUUCGAUGCUAGCACGAUGGAGCCUGGAUCAUUAGACGCGGUUACCGUGAACAACUGCGAAUAUCUUAUGAAACUUGAUUACAGUGUUAUUGAUUUAGAUAACACUGGCGGCAUACACAGUUCACGCUAUCCCCCACGCAUAUUUAUACCUGAAUACGAACAUGGCCACGACACAUCUGCAAGCAGUAAUUCGAACGUGCUGAAUAGUAGUCUCGAAAAUGGGAAUAGUCCUAAAGGUGACUCGAAAAGCGUCAAGUCUAGCCCAACUAAACGCAAUACAGCUAAAGCCAAUAGUGGCAGUCCGAAUCGUGCUAUGGUAUCACCUCCCCUUGAGCUUCAACAAGCUACAGCUGAUAAUGACAUUCUUAACAUAUCGUUCGGCAGCGAUAGUGACUGUAGUACAACAAGUUCAUUUGUCUCCAUUCCAGCGAAACCUCCACGGCCACAUACUCAAAUGCAGCGCACCAUUUAUGAGGAUUUGUAUGAUGUGAGCAAAAUUCGCGAAUUUAUAACAUAUGCUCAAUAUGCGCGUUGUCGACAACGUUUCGUGGUGCCAGUCAUCCUUUUUCGUGGCAAAUUAAUUUGUCGCUCUGGCACAAUUUCUGUGCUGCACGAAACUUAUAGUCGUUACGCUUACGAUUGCAUAACAUCAAGUAGUGGUACCGAUACGCAACAGCGUCCUAAUUACGAUGAAAAUUCUGAAGCUUCUGAGGAUUCAUCAUUGACCAUCGAUCCGAAGGUACAGUUUUCCUAUAGCGAAGUGAUCAGAAGUGAUGUUUCGCUGCUAAAUACACUUAACGUCAACACAAUCGCUGACUUGAUGGUAGAAAAACGGAAGGUCAAAUAUUUUAUGACUGUUUCUUCAUCGGAGAAAGCCGAUCCUGCAAAUCACUACGACAAUUUCAACAUACUGUCCCUGCCAUAUCCCGGUUGUGAAUUCUUCAAAAAGUUCCGUGAUAACAAUUACAUGGCUAAUGAUUUACAAUACAAUUGGGAACUGCCAUUUAAUGAUGCCAACAUCAGUAUACCAAAAAUUGGACCCGCAAUGGAUCUCGAUAUUAACUGGGAAGACUACCAGAAAUGGGAUUUGGUGGAGAUCACACAAAAUUACCUGAAAGCAAUGCUUAAGUAUUUGCAAGAAGAGAAUAGUGGUCUUUUGGUGCAUUGCAUCAGCGGCUGGGAUCGGACCCCGCUAUUCAUUUCUUUAAUACGUAUUUCCCUUUGGGCGGAUGGCCUCAUUCAUCAAUCACUAGAUCAUAUGCAGAUCACAUACUUUACAUUAGCCUACGAUUGGUAUUUGUUUGGUCAUCAGCUUCCUGAUCGAGAGAAACGUGGCGAAGAUAUAAUGCUUUUCUGCUUCCACAUGCUAAAAUUUAUAUCUAGCGAAGAAUAUAGUUUAGUGGAGCAUAGGAAACGAACAAAAACAACUAGCAGUAGCGGCAGUGUCAACCCAGUUUUAGUGAAGCCGGACGAUGAUGCAGCUCUGCGAGAAGAUUUGCUUGCGGCCGCCGCCGAUCAUGACAGUAACGAUAGCUAUUCAAAUCCUUCCAACUGUGAUAUGGCAGCAACUGAAAACUCGCCUUAUUCUUCUCCAACACAAACAACAACAAACAAUACUGCACUCACUAGUCGUUCGCCAAAUCCUAAACGCUUACGUACUAGUCCUAUAUCGGUGCCAGGCGGACGUCAACGUAAAGAAUCAUCAUCAUCGAAUGGCAGUUGGAACAUGGUUACAGACACUGGCUCCCUAGAUUCAAUUGUAACGGGGAGUUAUAUGCGUAAUUUCGUGGCCCAGCGUGAGGGCAGUUGUGAUGGAGGUGAUGUAUUGCCAACAACUACCGAAGGGAUCGAGACUAACAGCGAAUUAGCGACAUCGGGGGAAACAAUGCCGAAUCGGAAAAGACUUCCAACGCAGCGUGAAAUAAAUUUGAAUGCUGUCCGGGCUACGUUUAUCCGCGCUUAUGGUAAAGGAGUCGGCUUGAAAUUCAGAGAGGGUUCAAGUAUGACUAUUGGAAAGUUAAUUGGUACCCUGUUUUAAGGCGGAUGGAACAAAACACGCGUAUAUACAUACAUACAUACUUACACUCAAAUACACAAACACAAGUUUACCAACCAAGAAUAACUCAUUUUGUCAUAUUGUUAUGUUAACUGUCUUCAAGACAAUUUAAUAUUUGUGGAGUGAUACAUACAUAUGCACAUAAAUUAUAGGAUAGAAGAUUACUUCCUUGUGAUUAUUAGGCCAAUUCAGACAUCCAUGUGUAUCAGAAUUUGAGUAUUUUCUAAAAAACAUGUUUUUAAAUAUCCUCGUUUUUCGUUUGUUGGAAAAUGUGCAUAAUCAGAUGCAAGAGCAAGAAAAAUUUGUACUUUUUUAAUCAAUUAGGCGAUAUACAAAACGUUUAGUGGAAAGUACUAAAUCGUACUGGAAUCUUAGUUGAAAACUUUAGUUUGAAAAGAACCACCAUUCACAUUUCUUCAUUUUGAAAUUGUUUAAGGCUGAAAUAUUAUUAAACUGAAGAAACCUAAAACAAAGAAAAAGCUAAAAAAUUAGUACACAAAAUUGAGUGGACAGUUGAAAGACCGUUAAUGUUAUUAUAGCGACAGUAUGAUCAUGAUUAAUCAUUAGUUGACGUGACCGUCAGGUUUAAAUUAUCGUAAAAAACCGGAUUUACUAAACAUUAUAGUUGAUCGAGGACUAACUGCAGUCACAUUCCAGAAGAGUUCAUUCCUGCUGCAACAACAAUUAUCAGCUCAUACUUGUCUCGAGGGAAACCAAAUAAUGUAUCACCAUCUCAAUUCGAAUAUUAAUAGUUCAGAGGGUUCAGAUUCGCCAUAUUCGCCAUUCGACAUAUGAGUAGCAUACAUACAACAAAACUUUGUUUGCGGAACUGAAAAUGGCGAACAAUUAUCCUUGAAAUAUUAUAGUAGCUAUCCUUGGUUUUGUCCUUGGCUGUGUAACCAACAAAGGUAUUUUGUUUGGCGUAUUGAUUUCUGCUUCCCGCAAACUUUAAUUUUUUUCCAAAUUUCAAAGAAGGCUGUCUACUCAAUUAUGAAUAUUGGUCAUUUUGCUUCAGUUUUUGUGUUCAACGCUAUUUUUUAAAUUAUUUCCUAACCUAUAUUAGGUCUCAUUUUCCCGGAAAUAUUUUUUUGAAAUUUCAGGUGGUGUUUAUUUAUUUCCGUUACACUGGAACUUAGCCAAACAAUUUCAUUAAAUACAGAAGCUAUCCAACUAAUGUAUAUACAUAUACAUCGUACAUACAUAUGUUUGCAUUAAAUUUAUAGAGAUGUUUAAGGGCGUAUUGUCGUCAGACUGGCCAUUGCUUUAACUUUAGCAUUAAGUGCAUAUGUAUCUAUGUUCUAACAGAAACUACAUACUUUCUACUAGCUAUUUUUUGCAUUUUAUAUUUAAGUUCCAUUCAUUACAUAAGUUCUUAAAUAGAUUGUUUAAGUUUAUUUACAUAAUUUUUACACAUUUUCACACUGGGUUUUUUUUGUGUUCGGCUAAAAUGUAUAACGAACGGUAUGCAUUUUGUAAUUACUGCUUAUGUAUGUUAUGUAAAAGUCAAUGAGUAAAAACGCUGCCGCCGCACUAUUUUGUAUUUUUGAUAUGACAUUUUGAUAUUGAACAAGUGUACUCGUGUUUUAAGCAUU